AUGCUGCCGUUCUGCUUCCGCAGAACCGCCGCCCCACGUCUCUAUUUUGCGGCUCCUGCUCCUUCAACGUCGAUGGCAUCUACUGGUGUUGGUUUUGCAUUCACCUCACAGCACCGUCAGUGUGGUCGCAAUGAAUUGUGGGCGCGGACGGCGUUUGGAGGAGCCCUAGCGGGGCCCACGGCUCAAGACCCGUUUGGCUCUUCUACCGCACAUCGCCAGCUUGCCAGCGUCGGUGGCUCCGUCUGGUCGUCCGCGCCCGCGCUAGAGCUCUCGUUGAAAGUCAGACGGCCCGUUCCAGCCAAAGAGCACCAGCAGCAGCAGCAGCAGCAGCAGCAGCAGCAGCACCAACGGCCGCCUCUUAUUUUUCGCACCGCUCCCCACUUGGCUCGCGCGCUCGUCGUAUCUGCAUCCGCCCGCCGCGCCGCCGCCCCGCCCCGAGUGAACCCUCACGCCUCGGAGCCCAACUUGAGCUGCCUCGCCAUCGUCAUCACCAUCCUUCCGCCGCUCCACCUUGUUCCCGGCACCUCAUAUCCGCUCCCGCCGACCUUCAUCCAUCCUUCAGCGCCUCUCCACCAUCACCAAGGCAUCAGCUGCACGUCUCUCUCCGUUCGGCUCCCGUUCGGUGCCACACAAGACACCGAGCCGCAACUCAACCGACUGUUCCGACUCUUGCCUUUUGAUUGCACGUCUGGCGCUUCUUCCGAGGUUGCCUUCCAAUCGCUUCGUCAGCCCUUCCGCUUCGUACUAGCUUCGAAGACGGGCCAGAACUGGUCCGGUCAACCCAUGGACCAACAGCAGAACUUCAACCCGCCCUUUUUCAACGGCGAUGGCAACAUGAGCCAAGAGGCCAUGCAGAACAUGUUUCAGAAUGGCUCGCGCAACGACAUGGCUAACCAGGCCUUUGCCGGCUUCGACCCAUCCGCUGCCGCGCACAACUUUCAGCAACAGCAAUCUCAGAUGAUGAUGGCACAGCAAGCGUUCCAAAGUCGACAGAUGGAGGGCGACGCCUCGCAACGCUUCGUUCAGUCCAUGGUGCCCAACGGCAUGGAUCCCGCUGCAUCCGCCGCCGCCGCUGCCGCCUACGGUCAUCUCGGCUUCAACGGCUCUGCAUCCGCUCCCGCAUCCAGACGUCAGUCGCAGAAGAACAAUGGCGACGCUUCGCUGGUCGGUGCGUCCGCCGACGGCGGCUGGACUGGCAUGCCCAAUGCAAUGCCCGACUACAUGCAGAACGGCGCCGAAGCACACGCCAACAUGUCGAUGCGCGCGCCUUCAAAUGCGGAUUUCCGCGCCAGCGCCAACGGCUACGAGCCCGACGGUCCCAGCUCCAACAGCAGCGAGGAUUCAGCUCAAGGCAAGCGCAGGCGCAUGACCUUCACAGGCGCGCCCAUCCAACCCAACCAGGCUCAGAACGGCAACAAGCCCGUCCUCCUGCACAACGACAGCGGCUCCAGCAUGAGCGGCAUCAACAGCAUCGGUUCCACUCCGGCCCAGCUCCACGCUCCAGAUGGACAGCCAGCCCACUUUGCACGUCCGCCCUUCCGCCACCGCAGGUCGCGCAGCGGUUCCGAAGUGGUGGGCCCGCCGGGUUUUGGACAGCGAUCCUUCAGCAGCAUCGAGCUCGGUUCUGGACUCCAGGACCCUUACGCAGCCGGCCUUGGCUACCCACAACCGCCCUCGUUAUAUCCAGCCGGCCAGCAGCACAGCCACUCUUUCAACGGAUCGCAGGCGCUCGCCGCCAUGGGAGGCCACGCUGCGAGUCAUCCCCCGGGCCUCGGCAGUCAGAUCCUGCGCGGCGUCGAUGUGAGCGCCAGCGGCUCGUCGGCAGCCACCGACUUUACAAAACGCAAAGGCUGGACCGGCCGCGUCGUCGAAGAGCUGCUCGACUUUGUUCACGUCUUGGACCCGGAGGGCACCAUCCUCUUUGCGAGCCCCAGUGUGCAAGGCUUGACGGGCUGGAAGAGCGAGGAACUCAAAGGCCGCAAACUCACCGAAUUCGUGCAUCCGCAAGACGUCGCCUCGGUGGAGCGCGAGAUCGACCGGAUGCGAUGCAGCAAGGGCGAGCUGCUCACCUACUACCGCUUCAAGACCAAGACCAGCGCGAACCGCUCCAAGAAGGGCGAAAAGGGCACCAACGACAACGAGUCCUCCGCUGGCGACACGGGCGAGGAGAAGGAGCGCGGCAACGAGCGUCGAAGCGAGGUCGAGCACGCCGAUGCCUUUACGCGCGAUGGAGACUACAUUGUCUUUGAGGCGACCGGCCACCCGUACUUCCCGCCCGAGCCUAUCGGUGCGACCAACGACAAGGUCGGCGCCGAUGCGCCGCAGGAGCAGGACGAAGCAGGAGCAGGCAAUGACAAGAUCGUCGCCAGCAAUGGCGCCGACGCCGACUCCAAGGCAGGCUCUGUCGCGGUCAAGUCCGAGAAGAUGGCUCCCAACCUGUCGGUCAGCUCCAAGACGGGCGCGCAUCCGUUGAGCCAGGAGCAGACGCUGCAGACGCCCACGAGCGAUGCCACCAGCUCGUCACGCUCGCAGCUGCAGUGCUUCUUCUGCUCGGCCCGGCCGUAUCCGAGCAAGAAUACGAGCAUGCUCGACUCGUUCCUCGAACUCAAGCUCGAGAACGAGAAGCUGCGUCUGCUGAUCGCCGAUAUGGAUCUGACAGGCCCGGAUCACGACCAACAUCGCGAUUCGUUUGCCGCUGCAUACCAUCCCGAUCUGUUAAAGCAGGAGCUCGAGAGCGAUUCGACGGGUGGAUGGGCGCAUGCGGUCAACCCCAUGUUUGGCGGCGCCGCCGUCGGUCCCGACGGACGCGUCGUGCCGCCGCAAUCUGGGCCGCGUCCUGGCGAAGCCUCGCGCCAAAACUCGAUCGCAUCGCAUCCGACGAGUCCCGUGAUGCGCACCAACAGCGCGCGGGACGACGUGCUUGCCGGACUCGGCGUCUCGGCGGGCGACGACUCGGACGAGGAUGGCGGCGCCAGUCAGGGCGUCGCGGGCAUGGGCGGUGCCGAAGGGGCUGCCAACGCCGCCGACGAAGCACGACGCAAGAAGAAGCCCAAGCAGGACGACGGCGAUCAUGUGUGCACCGACUGCGGGCGCGUCGACUCGCCCGAGUGGCGCAAGGGUCCGCUGGGCCCCAAGACGCUGUGCAACGCGUGCGGUCUGCGCUGGGCCAAGAAGAUCAAGCGCAAGGGCGGCGAUCCCAACAUGGCCGCCGGAGCCAUGAUGGUGCAGGGAGGUGGGAUGCCGCCUGCGGGCGGUGUGCCUGGCGGCGUCGGUAUGAAUGUCGGCAUGGGCAACCACAUGAUGCCGCACGGUCACGGCAUGGCGCACGGCCAUCCGCAUCCCUUCAAUCGCGCCGACAGCGGGCAGAUGCAGGGCAUCCAGAUGGCGCCGCCGGGCUCCAUGCCGCCGGGUAUCAACAUGCAGGGCAUGAUGGCGUCGUCGCCCAACGGAUUCGCAGCGCGCGGCUCGUUUGACGAGAACCCGCAUGCGAAUCAGAACAAUAUGAUGAACGGCAUGGGCGGAGGUCACAUGGUCGCUGUCGUCGCCUUCGCCGUCGCUGGCGGAUGGUGGUGCGCGCCCAACCCUCUGGACGAGACGCAGCUUUCAACGUUCCACAUACUCGUGGGCACGGCUGAGCAAUCACAGUUGCUCACUAAUUUCCGGCACUGGACCCGCUCUUCGAUCGCGGCUCAGCGCUUUGUGAGCGCCACUUUUUCGAGACUGCUCAGCGCAGUGUCGUCCGAGCGGGCAGCCGUGCCAAAACGCAAGACUGCGCAAUUCAAGCCUGCGCCUUGCCCCCUCGACCGCAGCGCGCAUCUGUUAGAACGCCCGUCGUCGCGACUCGGUGCACUUGAAUCUGCCUUGACACUGGUUGCGUCGCCACCACCAACCACCACCACCACCUCUCCCUUCUUCCCCAGCCUCGUUUCUUUUCGCACUCCGUUUCUCCUUUUCAUCGUCAGUUACGAUCCCUUCGCCGAUCUCGGCGACGAGUCAAAGCCCGACGCUACCUCGCAGGCUACCAAGAAGCAGCAGACGCAGAACUACGUCCACAUCCGCAUCCAGCAGAGGAACGGUCGUAAGACGCUCACCACCCUCCAGGGACUUCCCAAAGAGUAUGACCAGAAGAAGCUGCUGAAGGCCUUCAAGAAGGAAUUCGCAUGCAACGGUACCAUUGUUGACGACGAGGAGCUCGGCCAAGUCAUCCAGCUUCAGGGAGACCAGCGCCAGAAGGUGGCCUCGUUCAUCGUCCAGGAAGGCAUCACGCCCAAGACCGACGUCAAGGUGCACGCCACUCUUCCCUCCGACUCUCAACAUCUGUUCCGACUUGACGUCUUUGACGAUCUCCGAUUCGGCGCACGCCGAUUUCCCCAGCUUCGCCUCAUUCUAACCUCAUACCACCCUUCCAGCGGACCCUUCGACGCGAUGUCAGCCUCGUGCACCGAAGCGGGGCCUUCUCGCCUUGUUGCGGCCCCGCUGAGGUCGAUACGGCGCGAGCGCUGCCGCGGCCGCAGCGGUUGUGCGCCUCGCCGACGUGCCAGUGUGGCGGCAUGCAUGGCCGAAGACGACGCGCCCUCGCGCUGUGCUGGCUCGCCUGCUAGCGAUGUCGCGCUCGGCAGCGAGACCGCGCUGGUGGUUGGUGCCGGCACGACCUCGAGAGCAGCGUCGCGUCGGCGUGUUCCGUCCCCCCUCCUCCGUCUGGCCUCAGAGAUGGUGCGCCCACCAGAGCGACCACCCACGUUGCCAAUCUAG